AUGGGGAAAAGAAUCAUUACGGUCGUCGGCAUCACCGGAAAGCAGGGCGCUUCUGUUGCCGACGUGUUCCUCCAGGAGGCAGGUUGGCACGUCCGCGGCGUUACUCGCAAUCCAGAUAAGCUAGAGAGCCAAGCCUGGGCUGCCAAGGGUGUCGAACUUGUCAAAGCAGACUUGAACGACGCUGCCUCCCUGAAAUCGGCCUUGGCAGGAUCGACUUUGAUAUUCGGAGUCACCGACUUCUGGGGAAUCGUCAGCGACCCAGAGAUCCAGGGACGAGCCCAAACAUCCAGUCUCCCAGCUAAUGUGCUCGCGUAUGAACUUGAAGUACAGCAAGGUCGCAACAUUGUCGACGCAGCUUUUGCGACCCUGGACACCCUCGACAGAUUUGUGCUCUCAACGCUCUCGCCCACGAAGAAAUGGAGCAAGGGAAAGUAUACACACAACUUCCAUUUCGACGCCAAAUGGGAGGCGGUUGAAUACCUGAAGGCCACGUAUCCGGCUCUGGAGAAGAAGACAUCCUAUCUUCAACAACCUGAUGGUACAUUCCUCCUGAGUCUUCCGGGAAACCCCGACACCCCAGUCGCGCAUGUUGAUGCGCGCCGCGACACUGGCUUGUUCGUCCGGGCUCUUACCCAGGUUGAGCCGGGUAAGCACCUUCUGGGUGCCUCGGGCUUCAUGAGUUGGAAUGAUUUCGCCGCCUUGUGGGGUCGAGUCCACGGUGUGAAAUGUCACUUCCAACGCCUAGACCGCAAGGUUCUAGAAAAUGCGAUUCCCGGAGGUGUCGGGGAGGAGCUAGCCGACAUGUUCGAAUACAUAGGAGACUUCGGAUAUCACGGCGGUGACCCAAACAUUGUCUUCCCUGCGGAUCUUGGGGUGGAGAUUCCAGUAACGAGUAUCGAGGAUUAUAUCAAGAAAGAAGAUUGGUCAGAGGUCCUUUGA